GGUGGACAGUGUGGAGAUGGAUUACAAGUCCGCAACCUUACAUGUGUAGUGCAUGAUGCAUCUGUUUCUGCUACAUCCAAACCAGUAGAAAAUGCUUUAUGUGGAGAACUGCCAUUGAAGGAGAGUGUGCUGCAGUUACCAUGCUCUUUGCCUUGCCCAGGUGACUGCCACCUGACAGAGUGGUCAGAAUGGAGCUCCUGCGAGCUCACCUGCAUCAAUGGCAGGAGCUUUGAGACAACAGGACACCAGGCUCGAUCCAGGGCAUUUAUUAUUCAGUCUCCUGAGAACCAGGAGGGCUGCUCUGGACAAGCAAUGGAAACACGGCCUUGCUCAGGAGGGAAGUGUUAUGACUACCUGUGGAAAACCAGCCUAUGGCGCGACAAUGUACGCACAGUGUGGUGUCAGCGCUCAGAUGGAAUAAAUGUCACAGGAGGGUGUGCUCUUCAGACAAAACCUGCAGAAGUUCGGUACUGCAGCCCAGCAUGCACAAAACCAUUCUCCUACUGCACACAGAGAGGAGUCUGCGGUUGUGAGCGAGGAUAUACAGAAAUAAUGAGAUCAAAUGGUUUCCUGGAUUACUGCAUGAAGGUACCAGGUUUAGAAGAUAAGAAAGCUGAUGUUAAGACCAUUGCUGGAAAAAAUAAACCUGUCAACUCAAAAAUGCAUGACAUUUUCAAAGGAUGGUCUAUUCAACCUUUUAAUCCAGAUGGUAAACUGAAGAUGUGGGUAUAUGGAGUAUCAGCUGGUGGGUUCCUCAUCAUAGUUUUCCUGAUUUUUACAUCCUACCUGAUGUGCAAAAAAACAAAGCAGCAUCAAAGCACUCCUCCGCAGCAGAAGCCUCUAACCUUAGCUUAUGAUGGAGACAUUGAUAUGUAACAUAAAAAAGAAAUCCAAAUGUAGACAUCAACUGCCUUAACUGCUUUCUUUUUUGGAACUCUCUGACUUCUCAGUUUUUUGAGGAAUCUCCUGAUGUGUAAUAUACUGGGCAGAACAGAAGUAUUGCAAGCUUAGAAUUUUGCCACCUCUUUAUUAAAAAUAAUGGAGUCAAAGACUUGGAUCUUGUGAAACUUUUCUGAAGAGACCAGAACAUACAUCUCUUCCUGUUGAGCAAUGGAAAUAAAAAAAGAGGAGCAUCUACAGACAUCAAAAGGAAUUAGUACAACAAAAAAAAAAGGCAUGACAAUCCUGAGGAAAAUGUGACAUUUACUGUAAAUGACAAGUUUGACACAGCAUCAUUAUGCACUAUAUUAGUGCAGGGUUCUUUAUUCUUCACAUAUUUCAACAAUGAGUUUUCUAGUGUUUACAUUUCGUUUAAAGACUUUAGAACUGGAUCACAUAUUUUGAGAAACACAAGGAAGAAUGAGUUGAAGUGUCUGAAGUUACCAGAUUUUUUAAAGUUUCUUCCUUCUUAUCCUGUUUUCUAGUCUGGAAUAUGAUUUAGCUUCAUUUCCACCUACAGAACAGAAUAAGGAUU